GAAAAAAAAGAUACACAACACUCCUGGUGAACGCUCUUCUUCUUCUCCUUCUUCAUUCUUCUAUCUCUCUCUGUACUUUCGCGAAAACCCUAAUUUCUAGAUCUGUUUUCUCUACAAUCGCCUCUCUCCCGUUUCUAGAUCUGAAGAUCUACUCUCAAGUUUCUCCCUCAGAAACUCGCUACCAUGGCUACCAAACUCCCGCUUCAAACCAGCAACAACGCAAAUGUCCCAAAACCUCGAGCCGCCGCCGCCGGGAAGACGAUUGAGGAAAUGUAUCAGAAGAAAUCGCAGCUGGAACACAUCCUGCUCCGUCCUGAUACGUACAUCGGAUCGAUUGAGAAACACACCCAAACGCUUUGGGUCUAUGAGAAUGAAGAGAUGGUUUCUCGUCCUGUUACCUACGUUCCUGGAUUGUAUAAGAUCUUCGAUGAGAUUCUUGUGAACGCUGCUGAUAACAAACAGAGAGAUCCGUCGAUGGACUCUCUGCAAGUUGUGAUCGAUGUUGAGCAGAAUCUGAUUAGUGUUUGUAACACUGGAGAUGGAGUCCCUGUGGAGAUUCAUCAGGAAGAAGGUGUUUAUGUGCCUGAGAUGAUUUUUGGUCAUUUGUUGACGAGUAGUAACUACGAUGAUAAUGUGAAGAAGACCACUGGUGGAAGAAACGGAUAUGGUGCUAAGCUUACUAAUAUCUUCUCUACUGAGUUCAUCAUAGAGACUGCUGACGGGAAGAGACUCAAGAAGUAUAAGCAGGUCUUUGAGAACAAUAUGGGGAAGAAGUCAGAACCAGUUAUAACCAAAUGCAAUAAGAGUGAGAACUGGACGAAGGUUACAUUCAAACCAGAUUUGACGAAGUUUAGCAUGACUGAAUUGGAGAGCGAUGUGGUUGCUUUAAUGAGUAAGCGAGUGUUUGAUAUUGCUGGAUGUUUGGGGAAGUCUGUCAAAGUUGAGCUGAAUGGCAAACGAAUACCAGUCAAGUCAUUCAGUGAUUAUGUGGAUUUAUACCUACGUGCGGCUAACAAAUCAAGGACUGAGCCUCUCCCAAGGAUGACUGAGAAAGUUAAUGACAGAUGGGAAGUUUGUGUGAGCGUAAGUGAUGGACAGUUUCAGCAGGUCAGCUUUGUCAACUCCAUAGCAACGAUCAAGGGUGGUACUCAUGUUGAUUAUGUGACGAGUCAGAUCACAAACCAUAUUGUGGGUAUUGUGAACAAAAAGAGUAAAACCGCUAACGUUAAGGCCCAUAACGUAAAGAACCAUCUGUGGGUGUUUGUCAAUGCACUGAUUGACAAUCCUGCUUUUGAUUCCCAAACAAAAGAAACUCUGACUCUUCGACAGAGCAGUUUCGGAUCAAAAUGUGAGCUUUCAAAAGAUCUUUUGAAGAAAGUGGAAAAAUCUGGCGUAGUGGAGAAUCUGCUUUCAUGGGCUGAUUUCAAGCAGAGCAAAGACCUAAAGAAAACUGAUGGAGCCAAAACAGGGAGGGUUUUUGUUGAGAAGUUAUCGGAUGCAAACGAAGCUGGAGGGAAGAACUCUCAAAAGUGUACGUUGAUUUUGACUGAAGGUGAUUCAGCCAAGUCACUAGCGAUGGCGGGUGUGUCUGUUGUGGGUCAUGACUAUUACGGUGUGUUUCCGCUUCGAGGAAAGCUACUGAAUGUUAGGGAAGCCAGCACCACUCAGAUUACAAACAAUAAGGAAAUUGAGAACUUAAAAAAAAUUCUUGGGCUCAAGCAACAUAUGAAGUACGAGAAUGUUAACUCAUUAAGAUAUGGCCACAUGAUGAUCAUGACUGAUCAAGAUCAUGAUGGUUCCCAUAUAAAGGGGCUCCUAAUCAACUUUAUCCACUCUUUCUGGCCGUCGUUACUCAAAGUUCCAUCAUUCCUGGUUGAGUUUAUAACACCCAUUGUGAAGGCUACGAACAAGAAAACUAAAAGAGUUUUGUCAUUUUACUCAAUGCCUGAGUAUGAAGACUGGAAAGAAAGUCUGAGGGGUAAUGCAACCGGAUGGGAAAUCAAAUACUACAAGGGGCUGGGUACAAGUGAUGCUAAGGAGGGGAAAGAGUACUUUAGUAAUCUUAGUCUUCACAAAAAGGAUUUUGUUUGGGAGGAUGAACAAGAUGGAGAAGCCAUUGAACUUGCUUUCAGUAAAAAGAAGAUUGAAGCCCGAAAAAAUUGGCUUUCAAACUAUGUGCCUGGCACUCAUCUUGAUCAGAAAGAACCAAAAAUUACAUACAGUGACUUCGUGAACAAAGAACUGAUCUUGUUCUCCAUGGCGGAUCUUCAACGGUCAAUUCCCUCAAUGGUUGAUGGGCUCAAACCCGGUCAGAGAAAGAUACUUUUCUCUGCAUUCAAGAAAAACUUAGUUAAAGAAAUGAAGGUUGCCCAAUUCUCUGGAUAUGUAGCAGAGCACUCAGCUUAUCAUCAUGGUGAGCAGAGUCUUGGCAGCACUAUCAUAGGCAUGGCACAGGAUUACUUGGGGAGCAACAAUAUCAACUUGCUUAAACCAAAAGGUCAAUUUGGUACACGAGCUUCGGGUGGAAAAGAUGCAGCUAGUACAAGAUACAUUUUCACUGUACUCUCUCCAGCAACAAGGGUUUUGUAUCCCAAGGAUGAUGAUGUCCUACUUGAUUACUUGAAUGAAGAUGGGCAAAAGAUAGAGCCAACUUGGUACAUGCCCAUAAUUCCAACUGUUCUUGUCAAUGGCUCUGAAGGCAUUGGAACUGGGUGGAGCACUUUCAUACCGAACUAUAACCCUAGAGAGAUUGUUGCUAACAUAAGGCGUCUAAUCAAUGGUGAAAGUGUGGUUCCUAUGGAUCCUUGGUAUAGAGGUUUUAAAGGAACUAUUGAGAAAAGUGCCUCUAAGGAAGGUGGUUGUACCUACACAAUCUCUGGUCUAUAUGAGGAAGUUGAUGACACAACUAUCAGAAUUACGGAGCUGCCCAUCAGAAGGUGGACUGAUGAUUAUAAACAAUUCUUGGAGUCAAUGAAGGCAGAUAAUGGUGCCCCCUUUAUCCAGGACAUCAGGGCAUACAAUGACCAUGCAUCUGUGGAUUUCGACAUUAAAUUGAGUGAAGAGAACAUGCUGGAGGCUCGGCAAGAGGGCUUUCUGAAGAAAUUCAAACUCACCACGACAAUCUCUACAAGUAAUAUGCAUCUCUUUGAUAAAAAAGGUGUUAUAAAGAAAUAUGCGUCUCCAGAACAAAUCCUUGAAGAGUUCUUUGACCUCAGGAAUGAAUACUAUGAGAAGAGAAAGGAAACUAUGCUGAAGAAUAUGGAACUUGAGCUGUUGAAACUAGAAAACAAAGUGAAGUUCAUUCUUGGAGUUCUCAGUGGAGAAAUCAUAGUGAAUAAUAGAAAGAAAGCUGAUCUUGUUGAGGAAUUGAGACAGAGAGGGUUCACACCAUUUCCGAAGAAGAUCAUGCCUGUAGAGGCUGCAGUUGCUGGAGCAAUUGAUGCAGCUGAAGAAUCUGAAGAAAGCUCAGUGGAUCCUGUAGAUUCCGCAGAUGCUUAUAUACCCGGCUCAGAGUAUGACUACCUAUUGGCAAUGGCUAUAGGAUCGUUGACUAUAGAGAAAGUUCAGGAGUUAUGCGAAGACAGAGAUAAAAUGCUUGAAGCAGUUGAGGACUUGAGAAAAACCACACCGAGAGCCCUCUGGCUCAGAGACCUGGACUCUCUUGACAAGGAACUAGAUAAACUUGAUCAGGCCGAUGCUAAGGCCGAAAUAGAAAGAAAGGUAGCACAAGAAAAAAUCAGGGCCAAAUCUGGAGCACCAUUAAAGGGUAGAAAACAGGCGCCAAAGAAACCGGUAGCAAAGAAGACAACAAAGAAAGUCAGUGAAUCCGAAACAACAGAGGCUUCAGCGAUGGACACUGAUUACAACGUAGCAGAAGUGGUGAAGCCAAAAGGUAGACAAGGAGCCAAAAAGAAGGCUCCAGCUGCAAAGGAGGUUGAGGAGGAUGACAUGUUGGAUCUAGCACAACGGCUUGCCCAAUACAAUUUUGGCUCAACAAGCAAUUCAACUGAAACAUCG